UGUCGUGAAGGUUACUACACAACAACCUUGCCCUUAGAGAGUGUGGUCCUUGCAUGGUAAAGGCGUUUUUUGCAAAUAUUUGCACUGUCUAUCGUUGAAAAACCAAUGUCACUUUAUGGAUAUGUAACAUUGAUCUUUUAAGUCUCAAAAUAUCAAAUCAUCCCUGUGUGAACAAAAGCUAUGGAGGCGAAUUUUCUACUGAACAAAUUAAAGGUUGUUGGACAGCUUAAGCAAUGUGUUAACUUUCCUAAACAAAUAAGCAAAAAACAUUUACAUACACUCUUAAAUGAGGGCAGAUAUAGAUCUGGUCAAAGUUGGUGCAAAUACCGCUAUAACCGGAAUACUUUGUUAUCACAUAACUGGAAUCAUUUAGCCGCAUCAGGUGUGCCGGUGUACCUAAUGCAAGACAGACUCUCGGAUCACCAGCACAGAGACAUUUACCAUUUAUGUGAUAAAAAUAGAUUACAGAAAUACAAAAGACUUGAACACGGGUUAAUUUUACCUGCUACAAAUGUUUCGAUACAUCACAGACCAGUUUCCUUUGGUACCAAAGCAAUUCUUGAUGCGUCCCCACCUAAAGUACAGCCAUACUUAAGACUACUACGAUUUGAUAAACCAAUAGGGACAUAUCUUUUAUUCUGGCCAUGUACAUGGAGUAUUGGACUAGCGGCGCAAGCAGGUCAUUUACCUGAUUUGUACCUGCUCGCUCUGUUUGGCCUUGGAUCUUUAAUCAUGCGAGGAUCUGGAUGUAUUAUAAAUGACAUGUGGGACAGAGAUAUUGAUAAAAAGGUUGAAAGAACAAAAACACGGCCAUUGGCAAGUGGAGAGCUCACACCAUUCCAGGCACUGGUAUUUCUUGGAGGCAACCUUUCUUUAGCUCUGGCAAUAUUGUUACAACUAAACUGGAACAGUGUUUUCCUUGGGGCAGCAUCUAUGAUUCUGGUAAUUGCAUAUCCCCUUGCUAAGCGCUAUACAUACUGGCCACAAGUUGUUCUAGGGUUAACAUUCAACUAUGGGGCAAUGCUGGGCUGGUGUGCUGUGAAGGGGGAUUUAGACUGGCCUAUAUUACCCCUGUAUGCAAGCUGUUUGCUCUGGACUCUUGUCUAUGAUACCAUAUAUGCACAUCAAGACAAGUAUGAUGAUAUGCUAAUUGGAGUGAAAUCUACAGCUCUGAAGUUUGGGGAUCAGACCAAAAUCUGGCUGACAGGAUUUUCAAGUAUGAUGAUUGGUUGCCUAACAUUGACCGGACACAUGUGCGGCCAGACUUGGCCAUACUACACAGCUGUAGCUUUAACUGGGACACAUUUAGCUCACCAGCUGUACACAGUGGACCUCAACAACCCUGAGGAUUGCCUUAAAAAGUUCAAAUCCAAUACCCAGCUUGGUGCAGUAUUGUUCAUCGGUAUAGUGAUGGGGACAUUACUAAAGCCGAAGGAAAAGGAAAACGAAGAAACAACAUGACAAUCAUUUACACUCAUCAUAUAGACAAUUCUCCUUUACCCUGCUGGAACCAAUAUAUUAUUAUUAAGACACAAGUUUGGCUUUCUCUAAUUAUGUCUCUGUAAAUCAAAAUGUCAAUUCUCAAAUUUGUACAUCUCAAUUGUCUCAGAGAUGGAUGCCAAUUUUGUUGUAGAAUUUUUAAGGCUGAUAAUAUAUGGCAACUUUCCAGCUUUACUGGCGGAGGAACACCACAGAUGACUUUCUGUGCACAAGUAGGCACAUGAGUAGAACCACGAAUGUUCAGUUAGCUAGCUGAAUAGCUUCCGUGCAUGAAAGAAUCCCUAUUGGGAUUCAAAACCACAGCCAUAAGGGGCAAGUGGUCAGAAUUCAAUGAAUGGUAACCUAACUAAAAAUUUCCAGGACCUUUUACUUAAAUGCUGCUACUUGUACUUGCAUUGUACAUGAAAUACUGGUAAACAGUUUUGUAGAUUUAGCUAUAUACAUUAUCAAUGAAGUACAGGUGCGCAAAUAUGCUCUUAUUGCAUUAUUUAAAUUUUGAAGUUCAAAUGAAAAACUUUUUCUUAUGAAAUAAUC